AUGGUCUCUGGGAAAGUGGUACAUGGGAAAUUCAAUGGAAACGAGAUGAAACCGAAGGACGACAGUUAUUAUUAUGAGGACGAUUCCUCCUCCCUUGCUAUUUGGCUCCCUCUCCUCCUGCUCGGCUUGAUCACGGGGGUGUGUGUUCUCAUCUGGUACUGCUGCUGCCGCGCACCAAGAGCCCCACGAACGGUGACGAGAACGGUAAUGGUCACCCAGGGGAAUCCUUACAAUCCUGGAUAUUCUGGCGGACCCUGCACCAUCUCGUAUCCAGCCCAAGGCAACAUUGGUUACACGAUGCCCCCUUCGACAUUGUAUCAGAAUCCGGCUCCAUAUGCUCCUUCUCCACCGCAGCCAUACCUCAAUGAUCCGCCACCAUAUAGCGAGGUGACGGGGAAGUGAAAUCAAGUAUGUAAUAUGAAUGAUGCAAUAGAAGUUUCUUCAGCCCUAGCUUCCAACUGGAACAUGAAACUGUAACCCAUGUAUCUUUUGACAGAUGGGAACAUCUUUAACCUGAUUUGCUUGAUUUCUGUGUCAUUUCGUUGUACUCCUGAAGUGCAAGAACAGAUGAAGCAGAUACUGCGACAGUUCUAAGAAUAAAAACUCGUAUAGAUAUGUAUUUAGUAACCCUUCCAGCCUUAUGGACGUGCACUCUUGGCACAAAGGGCUAGUGAUUGAUUCCAUGAAAGUUUCAGAACUUAAAUCUUUUUGAUUCCCUCGAGGGAAAGUUUUGAAAUCUUUUGAUUGUGUCUCACAUUAACCAUUUUGUGGAUUCCAAUUUUUCGAGAAGGAUUUUGAAGAUCCUUCUCGUAGGAUAUCACACUUCGAAAGGAAUAAACGUGAAGCUCUUCAGCUACA